UUGCCCCUCACAAAGAUGGCGGCGGGCGAGAGGGGGCGCUGGAAAGCGGGCCAAUGUGGAGCCGCGUUGCUAGGGGUUGCCAUGGAGACAGCCAACGGCGUGCGGGGACGGAUGCCGGCGGCGCUGCGCCGCCCGACGGGGCGGGGGCCUGUCAGGGAGGCGGCCGCGCCGCCGCCCCUCGGCGGGACCCCAGUGGGGAGCGGUGCGGGCGGCGAGCGCGGAGCCAGCCCUGCGCCCGCGGACGCCGUCGCCAUGACCCUCACCAAAGGCUCCUUCACCUACUCCAAUGGGGAGGAGUACCGCGGCGAGUGGAAGGAAGGUCGCCGGCACGGCGUCGGCCAGCUGACGUUUGCGGACGGCACUGCUUACGUGGGGCACUUUGAGAAUGGGCUCUUCCACGGCUGCGGCGUGCUCACCUUUGCCGAUGGCUCCAGGUACGAGGGGGAAUUUGUGCAGGGCAAGUUCAACGGCGUCGGCGUCUUCACCCGCUACGACAACAUGACCUUCGAGGGCGAGUUCAAAGGCGGGCGCGUGUACGGCUUCGGGCUGCUGACGUUCCCCGACGGCUCGCACGGCGUGCCCCGCAACGAGGGCUUCUUCGAGAACAACAAGCUGCUGCGGCGCGAGAAGUGCCAGGCCGUGGUGCAGCGGGCCCAGAGCGCCUCCAAGUCCGCCCACAACCUCACGGCGUGACGCCGCCGCCGCUGUGCCUUCGCCGCGGGGCGGCCGGCUGGACCGGGUGCCCGCCGCGGGGCGGCUGCCGGGCCGCUGCCCUCGCCCUGGCGCAGCGUGGGCUCCGGCCGGGGCCCUGACGGACUCGGCCCGGCCUCGGGGGGGGCCGCGGCCUCCCCAUGGGUCGGCGCCCGCCCCGCUCCCGUGCCUUGCUGUGUCCCUGCCUGCACGGGCCGCGGCUGAGUAAACCACGUUGCCAAA